AUGACGCACGCGCGCGGGGAGAGUUGCUGGAAGUACUCGGGCAACAAGACCACGAAAAUCUGCCGCCACGGCUUCUACUGCAUCGUCACGCUCGUGGACUGGCGCAGGUGCAGGCGAGGGAAGCCCCUCCUGACCGCCAUGUUCGCGGUGCGGUCCUUGACGCGCGGCAUGCAGGGUCGUCCGUUGCACUUCCAGCUCCGCCCGUCAGAAUGCAUCACCGACCACGUCAGCGACCCGAGGGCGUGGUUGGACAAGGGCGAAGAGCUUCCGCGCGUCGGCUCGCGGCCAAACUCGGGAUACACGAGCGCGCGCGAGCCGAGCGAUGCCGACGCUUGGGUCAAACGCCCAGAGGUGCUGGAAGAGCCGCUCGCGUGGACGGACGACUGCUCGCUAGAGGAGUGGCGGGACAUUAUGCUGCAAUGCCCGACGAAGCACGCGAAGAGCGAGGACACGGAGGACGCGGGCGCCACGGCCGCCUUUGCGGACCAGUUGGAUGUGGCCACCCAGGUCACCUUCAGCGACGGCCUGAACAUGGGCUUCUACAUCAACUCGCACGCGACGGAGCAGUGCCCCGGCAUGGAGGAUGUCCUCGCGGAGAUGCGGCGCGGCCUGGACCUGGAACGGCUGCAGGCACAACGACAGGCAUAG